UCGGGCCUCACCUCGUGAACCGCUUCUGGCCACACUGCAGACUGCAGCCAACGUGACCUUGCUGAAAGCUUCCUGCAUAGCGUUGCUCCCUUUCCAGUUGACUGGCUGUCAUUCCCUGCCUCCUUUCGCCGGCCGGUACCUCCGGGUUUCCGGGACCCCCACGUCAUCAACUCAUCAUCACCCCGACGCACUCCUACGACUACGGGGCCUGAGCUGCCUUCAACGCGGCCAUGGGUUCGUCCACGGCCGAAAGUGCUCCUGACGAUCAAGUUUCCCCUGUGUACGACAAUACCGGCAGCGGCGACGAAGGGAAGGUCACGGACCUACAAGAACCAGAUGCUCCGACAACGGAGAAAGUCGCUUGUGAUAGAUGUCGACGACGCAAGAUCAAAUGCGAUCGGAUCCAUCCUUGCAGUCAAUGCAUUCGAGCACAGUCACGAUGUUUGUACCCAAUAGCGCAGAAGCGGCCGAAGCGCCAAAGGGUCUUGAUAUCCAGCAUGUACGAGAGCAGGAUCGAGCACAUCUCACAAAAGAUCGAUGACCUCGCCCGAUUAAUGGAAGGAUCAAACAACCCAAUCGAAAAAGGCCAAUCACAUUCCGGGAGAAAUCGCAAUGAGACCUAUCCGGUGGAGAAUACCAGACGUUCUCGACCUACGGCAGCAGAGCAUCAAGGCAUUGACAACUCCUUAUUUUCCUAUGCCAUCUCGGCCACAAAGUUUGUUGAGGAAGCUGUCAAGUUCGAUGGUGGCGAGCGAGCUUCGAGUACUGUUCUCGAGAUGAGGGCGGCACUCGAUACUCUUCAGGCUGUUGUGGACUCGCAAAAGCGACGGAAUGUUGCAGAUGAAGAUGGCCCGCCAUUUCCAGGAACUCUUCCACUCGGCUCAACCACGAGAGAUCUGCCCGUUCCUCCAAUUGACAAGGUCAUGGCGUGCCUGAGAAUGGCCCAAGACCACGCCCCUGUCCCAAUGUCCUGGCUUGGGGAGCUGAAAUCUUUCGGCGACUUCACACUUUGUUUGACCAAGAUCUGCUCUCCCGGCCCUGUCACAGAUUCGGAGCUCAUCAUCGCGUACAUGGGUCUUUACUGGCUGUUUGGGGAGUGUGCCGCCAUGACCUCGAAUGAGGCCAAACAGGACCUGAAUAGACAAGCUGAGAUAUGCCAAAGCAGUCUCGAGGUGGUACUUUCGAGCUUGGGAUUCCAUAUCCCAACAACAAUCGACUAUGUUCUGGCUAUGUACCUGGCGACUCUUUACUGCUUUCAAAAGAAUAAAAUAUUUGCUUGCUGGACCUUCAUCUCGAAAGCAUCACUCCAUGCUCAAGCACUCGGAUUGCACAGUAGUGCAUCUAUGACCGGCGACACAAUCGAGGAGCGGCACCGAAAGACUCGGCUGUUCUGGUCCAUCUACUCCCUUGAAAGGGGCGUGUCACUCCGUCUGGCACGGCCAUCGACAAUUCGAGACCACGACAUAACGAUACCCGAGCCUGAGCCAGAAACUAGCACAUCCACUGCUACCACACAGAGUCUAUUGGAGUCUGUCAAUGCUGCACGUAUCUAUGGGCUCGUCUACGACGACAUCUACAGCCCGAGAGCCCUAGCACAACCGGCGGGGACACGAACCGCGCGUGUUCAUGCAUUGGCUGCUGAAUGGGAGGAGAUCUCGACAAGUAAAGCUGAACAUUUGACGAAAUUGGCAAGAUGCUUUGAAGGGCUUCAUGAAUCUGCAAUGAUCGAGUUCACCAGGCACGCCAACAAGGCCAGCGACUAUGUAAUGCUCGCGGCAAUACACAGGGGUACACCUGGUCGGACGCGUGCCUCGAUAUCUGCCGAAUGCACCUCCGCCGCCCGAAUCGCACUGCAGGGGCAUAUAGAAUGCAUCACUCUACUCCUCAACAACGAGCUGCACUCUGUUCUGCUUGAAAUGUGGGUCAAUGGAGCCCUCUUGCUUCUCCCAUUUCUUUCAGUCAAUAUUGUCUUUUGCAAUGUCGUCGAAACGGCCAAUCUAGAUGACUUGAAUAGCCUGAAGGCUCUCGUCCAGGUCAUGGAGCGUCUCUCUGAAAAGCCCCACUAUGCGAGCUGCGGCAAACAGCUGCGGAUCUUCCGAGCCCUGUACAAUGUGGCAGCGAGAUAUGUCGAGGUUAAAGGGGAAGCAUAUUUUGCUGCUCGAUCGGGCAGCGCCGGCCCAGAUGUUGGUGAAGGCUCCAACAACAUCGGAGGUCUCGGCGAUGGCCUUGAGCUCAUGCCUGUGCCCCAGGUCCUCGAAAGUCAGGCCUGGGCAGGUCUUGGAGGGAUGGAACUCGAUCCCUUCGGCACACAAUUUAGCAGCUGGUUCGAGGAAUCGAAUGAUGUGAUGGACUUCCUCGGGGGAACUUGAAAGGCAGCGUGCCACUUACGGCUCGCGAGCUGCUUAUUACACACGGGUGAGAAUCUCGCUGAGCCCAAGGAAAUAUCUUGCCACGUCAUCUAUGUCCCUAGCGCUUCAUAGCAACAUUCUUCCUUGAGCAAUGACGGCGUUUGGAAGAUGCCAUCACCACCGGUGCUCAAACGAUACGACGCAAAGAUCAUCAAUUCAAUUUCGGAAAGGCACAUAGGAGCCUCCGGACUCAGAAUCGUUUUUUGCUUUUAAACUGGUCACGAGAGAAUGAUGCGCUGCAAGAUUCGUUUCGUGGCUCCGCUCUAGGAAUCCCUACGUAGUAUUGUAAAGUCCAUCUCGCUUAAUAACCAAAGGUUAC